CCGCUGGAGGAAUCCUGCCCUCGGCUCCGCACGAACAUUCCCGAUCGUCUUCGGCUCUUUCCGGCCUCUCGUGGAGCUUCGGGCGGCCUCGGCGUCCUCUAGCCCAGCUUCGGCUGUAUCCGCCUUGGGCUCGCAGCCGUUGUCCCGGCAACGCGCGGCGGCGCUGCGGCCCAGCCAAGAAGGUGGUUUAACGGAGGCGUAAAGACCUUGCACCGCUGGAGGUGAGAGGAUCAAAUCGGUUUCAGCCCUGACCAGGCCUGCGUUUCGUCAUGGCCCUCUACUUUGACCACCGCAUAGAAGCCCCAGAUGCAGUUGGGUCUCCCUCCCACAUCAGUUGGCACCCCGUUCACCCAUUCCUGGCAGUCGCUUCCAUUAGCACAGCCUCAGGAGGCAGUGUGGAUAUAUAUCAGGAGCAAGGUGAGUGCGUGCCAGACACGCAUAUCGAGAGGUCGUUCCGGGUCACCUCCCUCUGCUGGCACCCGACGCGGCUGAUCCUGGCUAUUGGCUGGGAGACCGGAGAAGUGGUCGUGUUUAAUAAGCAAGACAAGGAGCAGCAUGCGGUCCCCCUGACGCAAAUCGCCGACAUCACCGUCCUCAACUGGAGCCCCAACGGGAACUGCCUGGUGUCGGGGGAUAGGCUUGGUGUCCUGCUCUUAUGGAAGUUGGACCAAAGGGGUCGAGUACAAGGGGCACCGCUGCUGAAACACGAGUAUGGAAAACACCUCACUCACUGCAUCUUCCGGCUCCCCUCUCCCGGCGAGGACCUCGUUCAGUUGGCGAAGGCAGCUGUGAGUGGUGAUGAGAAAGCCCUGGACAAGUUUAACUGGAGGAAGAGUGGCUUUGGAAGUUUCCUGAAAAUGGGACCUCAAGAGGGACUCUCAUUCUUUGUCACCUUGACCGAUGGGACCGUGCACUACGUGGACGAGAAGGGCAGGACGGCCCGGGUGGCGUCCACGGACAGCUCCAUUCAGACGCUGUUCUACCUGGAGAAGAGGGAGGUGCUGGUGGCAGUCACCGAGAGCCUGCUGCUGUGUCUGUUCACGGUGAUGCCCGAGGGCGCGGCCGAGGAGGUGAUGAAGGUAAAGCUGAGUGGAAAUACGGGUCGCCGGGCAAACGUCGCCCUGAUCAACGGCAGCCUUCUUGUGACCGCCACUGGGGAGGCGGUCCUCAGAUUCUGGGACUUAGAACGAGGAGAGAAUUACGUACUGAGUCCAGAGGAGAAGUUUGGUUUUGAAAAAGGAGAGAAUAUAAACUGUGUUUCUUACUGUAAAGUCAAAGGUCUUCUGGCAGCAGGUACCGAUAAAGGGCGCGUAGCCAUGUGGAGAAAAGUGCCAGGCCCCCAGAGCAGCCAAGGGGUGGAGGGCAAAGACAGGUGGACCCUUCAGAUCCCCACUGAGCUCGAAGGAAACAUCAUGCAGAUAAAGUGGGGCUCCAGGAAGAGCCUCCUGGCAGUGAACAGCAUCAGCUCCGUGCUCAUCCUCCGCGAGCAGGCCAUGUCGUCCCACUUCCACCAGCAGGUGGCCGCAGUGCAGGUCUCCCCGAGCCUACUCAGCGUGUCCUUCCUGUCCACGGGGGUGAUGCACAGCCUGCGUACAGACAUGUACAUCAGCGGAGUGUUCGCCACCAAGGAUGCUGUUGCCGUCUGGAAUGGAAAACAGGUGGUGAUCUUUGAGCCUUCUGGAGCCACAUUACGAAGUGCAGGUACCUUCCUGUGUGAGUCUCCAGUGUUAGCCAUGCACGAAGAAAACGUUUAUACAGUGGAGCCAAACCGAGUCCAAGUUCGAACCUGGCAGGGGACUGUGAAACAACUCCUGCCGUUUUCCGAGACAGAGGGGAACCCAUGCUUCUUUGACAUCUGUGGAAAUUUCCUGGUUGUAGGGACAGACUUGGCUCACUUUAAAAGCUUUGAUCUAUCCCGAAGAGAGGCGAAGGUGCACUGCAGCUGCAAGAGCCUGGCAGGGCUGGUCCCCGGCGUGGGGGGCAUGGCCUCCCUCAGGUGCAACGCCAGCGGCAGCAAGAUCAGCAUCCUCCUCAGCAAGGCUGACAACAGCCCCGAUUCCAGAAUCUGCUUCUACGACGUGGAAAUGGACACAGUGACCAUCCUCGACUUCAAGAGGGGACAGAUAGAUCAGAGAGAGACGUUGUCCUUUAAUGGACAGGAGACUAAGAAAAGCCAGGCCCUCGCGGAUGAGAGGCUGACGAAUCUCGUGCCCGUGAGCCACUUCUGGGAUCAGAGUGAGCCCAGGCUGUUUGUGUGUGAAGCCGUGCAGGAAAUGCCGGGCGCCCCGCUGCAGUCAACAGACAGGAAGGCCCUGGGCGAGGCCAGCACGGGCCCCACGGCAAACGUGCUGGUCCUGUCCUUCUUCGUCUCUGAAGAGCACGGCUUCCUGUUGCAGGACAGCUUCCUCCGGCCUCCCGUCUUCCAGACGCUCCUGGGAAUCCAAGUGCCCCAUUAUUACUUCACGAGAAAGCCAGGAGAAGUGGACCUCGAGGACCAGGUGGACUCCGGGUCCCAGCGCAUCCCCCAGACGGUGGGCAGGAGGCCCCUGCGGGACUUCGUGGGUCUAGAGGACUGUGACAAGCCCACGCGGGACGCCAUGCUCAACUUCACCUUCUUCCUGGCUGUCGGGGACAUGGACGAAGCCUUCCGGUCCAUCAAGCUCAUCAAGAGCAAGGCUGUCUGGGAGAACAUGGCGCGCAUGUGCGUGAAGACCCAGCGGCUGGAUGUCGCCAAGGUGUGCCUGGGGCACAUGGGCCAUGCGCGCGGAGCCCGAGCGCUGCGGGAGGCUGAGCAGGAGCCAGAGCCAGAGGCCAGGGUGGCUGUGUUGGCCAUACAGCUGGGCAUGCUGGAGGACGCGGAGCAUCUGUACAAGAAAUGCGGGCGCUACGAUCUCCUCAAUAGGCUCCUGCAGGCCUCGGGCCAGUGGCAGAGGGCCAUUGAGGUGGCUGAGCGACACGACCGCGUGCACCUGCGCACCACCUACUACAACUAUGCCCGGCACCUGGAGGCCAGCGGGGACUGCAGCCUGGCCCUCAGCUACUACGAGAAAUCAGACACACACCGCUUCGAGGUGCCGCGGAUGCUGGCGGAGGACCUGCAGGCCCUGGAGCUGUACAUCAACAAGAUGAAGGACAAGACCCUGUGGAGGUGGUGGGCCCAGUACCUGGAGAGCCAGGCCGAGAUGGACGCUGCGCUUCGCUACUACGAGCUGGCGCACGACUACUUCUCCCUGGUCCGCGUUUACUGCUUCCAGGGCAACAUCCAGAAGGCCGCAGAGAUAGCCAGUGAGACCGGGAACUGGGCGGCCUCCUACCACCUGGCCCGCCAGUACGAGAGCCAGGAUGAGGUGCGGCAGGCCGUGCACUUCUACACGCGCGCCCAGGCCUUCAACAAUGCCAUCCGCCUUUGCAAGGAGCACGGCCUGGAUGACCAGCUGAUGAACUUGGCCCUGCUGAGUUCCCCCAAGGACAUGAUCGAGGCCGCACGCUACUACGAGGAGAAGGGCGAGCAGAUGGACCAGGCGGUCAUGCUGUACCACAAGGCCGGCCACUUCUCCAAGGCCCUGGAGCUGGCCUUUGCCACACAGCAGUUUGUGGCCCUGCAGCUCGUGGCAGAGGACCUGGACGAGAAGUCAGACCCCGCCCUCCUGGCCCGCUGCUCCGACUUCUUCCUGGAGCACAGUCAGUACGAGAAAGCGGUGGAGCUGCUGCUGGCCGCCAAGAAGUAUCACGAAGCCCUGCAGCUCUGCCUGGAGCAGAACUUGACCAUCACUGAGGAGAUGGCCGAAAAGAUGACGGUGUCCAAAGGCUGCAAGGAGCUGUCUGAAGAGUCCCGGCGUGAGCUGCUGGAGCAGAUUGCCAGCUGCUGCAUGCGCCAGGGCAACUACCACCUGGCCACCAAGAAGUACACGCAGGCAGGGGACAGGCUGAAGGCCAUGAGAGCACUGCUCAAGUCUGGGGACACUGAGAAAAUUGUGUUCUUUGCGGGCGUCUCGAGGCAAAAGGAGAUCUACAUCAUGGCAGCCAACUACCUGCAGUCCCUGGACUGGCAGAAGGACCCGGAGAUCAUGAAGAGCAUCAUCAGCUUCUACACCAAGGGCCGGGCCCUGGACCUCCUGGCCGGCUUCUACGAUGCCUGUGCCCAGGUAGAGAUCGAUGAGUACCAGAACUACGACAAGGCCCACGGGGCGCUGACUGAGGCCUACAAGUGCCUGUCCAAGGCCAAGGCCAGGAUCCCACUGGACCAGGAGGCCAGGCUGGCGCAGCUGCAGAGCAAAAUGGCACUGAUGAAGCGCUUCAUGCAGGCCCGCAGGACAUACACCGAGGACCCCAAGGAGUCGGUCAGGCAGUGCAAGCUGCUCCUGGAGGAGCCAGACCUGGACAGCACCGUCCGCGUCGGGGAUGUAUACGGCUUCCUGGUAGAGCGCCACGUGCAGAUGGAGGACCUGCAGACGGCCUACAAGUACCUGGAGGAGAUGCGGAAGAGAGUGCCCUCCACCAACGUGUCGUACUACGUGAGCCAGCGCACUGUGGACGCCGUGCACCAGGGCUUGGGCAUCCCUCUGAUGCGCACCAUGCCGGAGCAGAUGCGCCACAACAGCGUGGAGGAUCACAAGGAGAUGGACGAGGAGGUGAUGGAGGAGGUGGAGAAUGGCCCCUGAAGGCCUGCUGCUGCCCAGGCUCUUCUGGGACUUACCAGUCAUUGUCAGUAGCAGGAGCCCGACGUACCUGGUGAAAGUUUUGUGUCUGAGUCCGUAGGCAGAGCUGUGGGAAGAUGCGCUAGCCUCCGAGGGGCAUCAGGGGGAGGGUCUCUAAGCCACCCCUUCUGAGUCCCUGGCCCCUGCAGGGUUUUGUUUUAGCCCCUCGGCAGUCAAGGGAGUUGGUUCAUUUUUCCCAUGACAUUCCCCCAAGUACAAGGUGUAAAGCCUAAGAAACUGAGGGUGUCCCCAUAUUCCCGCGCCCCCCCCCCCCGGCACCCACACAGGUUGCCCGGCAGUGCAUCUGACUGGUUCCCACAGGACACCCCGUCCUGACCACAGGGAGCCAAUGGUUGGCACUGGGCUGCAGCCAGAGGCUCUGUCUGUCUAGGCCGCGCCCUUUCCGUCACCAGCUCCCACCGUAAGGGGCCAUCAGGGACAGCACCAUGAUGAGGGCGGGGGGGCUGUCUCAUGCUUUCCCACCCCCAGCUCCACCC